AUGAACCAAAUUUUGAAGAAAUCGGGCUCCGCCAUCUUCCGGCUCCUCGUGCGCUGCAAGCCGGGGGUCCGACCACCACAGCCGCCGCUGCGCACGGCCACUAGGUCCUACCGCGCCUACCGGCGGCGCUUGCCGGCGGUCUCGCGCUCGGCCACUACCCCAAGCCAUGGACUCUUAAGCGAAGGGCCGCGGCGCCCGGAGCUCAUCCACUUCACCCGAGGCCGCGGCGGGGAGCCGUGGUACCUCGACUGGCGGAAGUUGGCCGCGCGGGUUCUCGCCCCUGGCGCCGCGGCGAUCGCCGCGUACUACCACAACCUCGAGACCGUGCCGUACACCAACCGCACCCACCUUGUGUUCCUCUCUCCCCGGAUCGAGCGGUGGCUCGGCGGGCGCGCGUUCGACGAUCUCAAGAAGGAGAAAGCCGGCAUGAUCCUACCCGCGGAACACUACGAGAGCGUGCGCGUCAGGCGCAUCACCUCGGAGAUCGUCCGCGCCGCCCGACGCACCCUUGGAAUCUUGGUCUACACUGGAUUGCUCGACUACUUCAGAACUGACGCCGAGAUCGCCGCUGUGCUAGGGCAUGAGGUUGGACACAUUAUUGCGAGGCACUCGGCCGAGGCGAUCACCAAGAGCUUGUGUUCUUAUGCUGUGCAACGACUUGUCAUGGGGCGGGACAGUCCAGACUUCAUGAGGGGUGUAUCGAAAUUACUAUUCACGCUGCCCUUCUCACGAAAGAUGGAGAUAGAGGCAGAUCACAUUGGAAUGCUGCUACUUGCUGCAGCUGGUUUCGAUCCACACAUAGCCAUUGCAGUCGAAGAGAAGCUAGGAAAGAUGUCAAGAAAAUCAGAAUUGGAAAACUACCUCUCCACUCACCCUUCAGGUAAGAAAAGAGUGCAGUCCUUGUCGCAGGACAAAGUCUUGAAGGAAGCGAUGGAAUUAUACAGGGAAGCUAGUCCCGUCAAAGAAGCUGAACGUUUCUCCAUUCCUGACCCCUUCGAUAUUAGGGGCAGGCGAAGCCAUAGUUGGAAAUGGUAG